AUGUCGCGGUCUCCAUCACCAAGUCCAGGUGGGAGGUCGGUCCUGGCAGAGAUGACGGUUUAUCAACCCCAUGGAGGAGCUUGGGGCCAACAACACAAGUACAGGACACCGCAGGGCAAGAUCGAUGAGUUCUGGACAAAGUUUACCGCGAGAGUUCCGGGAAAGCGCAAGCUUACAACUCCUGCAGCCACCACGGUUCUCCCCAAGAACGAGUACGCGGAGAGACUUGCCAAGCGCAACUCAGCCAAGGAGGUGGGAGGUGGCACAAAUGCGCAAGCAUCUUUCGAGGAGGCCGCGGCUAUCUGCAGGGCCAAGGUAGAAAAGAUCGUCCAAGAAUGCCGUCGUGUCAACCAGAAGUACAGAGACCCGCAUUUCGACCUAGAGUACGACCUGAAGACAGGUAGGCGCGAUUGCCUCGAAUCUCUUAGCAAUGAGAACAUCAUCGAUUUCUCCAGUAGCGACUCAGAUUCCGACUAUAACCACCUACCACGCCCUCGGUCGCAAUCCCGUCGUCGCAGGAGAGAUAAUGGUGAUGGUGAUCGUGACCAGAACACUCAAGCGGAGAGCCAAAUCAAGACCAACAAGACCAAAAUCGACAAGAGAGAUGGAGUCUCGCAGCUCUCCCCGCAAGGACGAAUGCCCGGGUCCAAGUUUCGACCGGCAUCGGUCAAGCGAGUGGGCGAGAUCUUUGACGAUCCAAAGUUCUACAUUGACGGUCCCACCGCAAAUGAUGUGCGGCAGGGCCGGGACGGUGAUUGUUGGCUCAUGGCAGCAUUGUGUACGAUGAGCAACAAGCCGGGACUCAUCGAACGGAUUUGUGUGGCUCAUGACCUGGACAUUGGCGUCUACGGCUUUGUCUUUCACCGGGAUGGAGAAUGGUUCAGCGAAAUCAUCGAUGACAAGAAUCCCAACGAGACUUGGCUGCCUUUACUCGAGAAGGCUUAUGCCAAAGCCCAUGGAGACUAUGCAGCUAUUGAGGGUGGGUUCACUGGCGAGGGUAUCGAGGAUCUCACGGGCGGUGUGACCUCUGGCUUGUAUACUGCGGAUAUACUUGACAAGGAACAUUUCUGGAAAGAGGAGCUCAUGAAAGUUAAUGAGCAAUUUCUCUUUGGUUGCUCGACUGGGGUUUGGGGACGUGGCUAUGGUGACAGAAAGGGCAUAAUGGAACAGCAUGCCUAUUCUGUUAUGAAAGCGGUAGACUUGGAUGGGGAGCGGCUCCUCUUGUUGAAGAACCCAUGGGGCAAGGGAGAAUGGACAGGGCCCUGGAGUGAUGGCUCAAAGGAAUGGACACCUGAGUGGCUUCAGAAAUUGGGCCACCGGUUCGGAGAUGACGGUGCAUUUUGGAUCUCAUAUAGAGACUUCUUGCGCAAGUUCCAAGCCUUUGAUCGAACACGUCUCUUCGGACCCGACUGGAAAGUUACUUCGAUCUGGACAACACUUUCCGUACCAUGGACCUUGGAAUAUCAUGACACCAAGUUUGCCUUUACGCUGGCAAAACCCGGUCCCGUGGUCAUUGUUCUCUCCCAACUAGAUGACCGAUACUUUCGUGGGCUGGAGGGCCAAUACAGAUUCGAGCUGAACUUUCGCGUACAUCGGGCUGGAGAGGAUGAUUAUCUGGUACGAACACAACAUUCCUCCCGCAUGAACCGCUCCAUCAACGUCGAACUAGAUCUGGACGCUGGCGAAUAUCUGGUUCUCGUCAAGAUUGACGCCACUCGCAACGAAUGGGUUCUGCCCACCGAGGACGUGGUGCGGAACAAUGCUCGCCACCACCGCGAGAAACUGCUUCGUAUCGGGCUCUCCUAUGACCUGGCGCAUAGCAAGGCUAAGAUCAAGGAGAGUCCCGAAGAGAAAGCAGCUCGCGAGGCACACGAACAGCGAAAAAAGGACAAGCAACGCGAAAGUCUGCGGAAGGCGAUCAUGGAGGAAAAGGAGAUGGACUUUUACAAUCGCAUGAAAAGCUACCAUAGACAGAAGCGUCGAGUGGAUAAGAACAAGGAGCGGAUGAAGAGAAAAGCCGAGAAACUGAAGGCGAAGAUGGAAAAGAAGAAGGCAAAACGGGAAGAAGCAGAGAGAAAGCAGACCGAAGAGACAUGCAGGGGCCCUCUCGGCAAGCAAAGAAAGGAGGGCAAAAAUUGUGGUUUCAGCCUUGAUGCGGCGUUGCAUCCUGCUGGCGAGCGUAUGGCACCCCUGGCAGUAGAUACUGCGGCAUCUACUGACGCUGGACAACCGACUCCGUCCGUUAGUAGCACGGGUGCUACUGAGGUCGAUGUAGCAGACCGUCUUCCGGAGCCUGUUCUAUCUAAUUCUCUUGAAAAGAAUUGCAAGGCCCCCGAGGGCCCUUCGACGGAUAUACUGACGCCACAAUCAGCUCCCACACAGCAACAGGGUUGUCAAUUAUCCGCCCAAGACGACAAACCCUCCUCGGAACAGCCUAAUAAAGCAAGUGCACAGGAUCCCAUCGAAGUACGACCAGGGCUGUCAAUGGAUAUCCACAAGACACUGGAGGAUGUUCCCCAACACUCGCAGUCACCUCGUCCAACGUGUGGAGAAAGUGGAAGAGGUGAUGAUCGUACCAGAGCUAUCGAGCACAAGCUUCGGGCGGCUGUCAACCUUUUCUCCAACUUAAAGCAGGAGCUAGAGAUUAUGUUGGAAAACGGUGUCAGCGACAAUAGUAUAAAGCAGGGCCAGGGACAAAAGCCACAUAAUGUUGACAACCAGGGACAGCCUCCUCCUCCUUCCCCUACUCUUCGUCCCCCAGCCGAACAACGCACUCUUCAACCACCGAGGCCUUCUUCCCCUCGUCCUUUCCAUCCACCCCAUCCUCAGGAUCAGCGCCGGCAUCGACCUCUUUCUCAAUUACGAGAUAGAUCACCAAGACACCCACCAAUAGACCCGGGGCCCUCACCCCGUCGCUUCCAGCAACGAUACGGUGGACGUCCACCACAACGUCGCGAAGUUUUCAUCGACGAUGACCAUCAGAUUCCCCCAGACCCCCGCUUCGUCGACGAGAGCUUCCCCGAGUCAUCGUCUUCCUCCGCGGACACUGAAGACACCUACAGCAUUUCCAGCAUCUCCGACAUCUCCGACCGGGAGCUCGACAUGCACAUCCGCGAGGACGCUCGUCGCAACGGGAGGCUUCUGGAUCAAGGUUCUCGGAAUCAAGCUAUAUUGCCGCCCCUCCAGCCACAGCCUGGUCCGCCGCAACCAAUGCAGCCUGGUCCGAUCGGCCCGGGACCGCACCCGCGCAUUAGAGGUCGAGACCCCCGCGGUCGUCAUGGUGGACGUGGUAGAGACGGGCCCAGGAAUGAGCUAUUGGAUCCAAAUGCGGAGUUUGAGAAGAAUCCGUGGAAUGCGGUGGCGGUGGUUGGGUUGAGGGUUUAUUAUCGUGUUGAUCAAGAUGACGCCGCUACCAUUGGAGACAAAGACGCAGCAGGCGUGGAAGGGGGAGAGGAAAAAACGGAAAUGGUCAAGUUGAAAGUUAUCAGACCGAACCCAUGGGAGACUGGUAGUGAUGAUGAGAAGGAUACCAAGAAGAAGAAAAAUGAGGAGAGGGAGAGUAAGUGGACUAGGGGGCUCAAGAAGAAUAGGAAGAGCAAGACAACAGAGGAAGAGAAGAACAAGAAGGGUGAUGGUGGUGUUGAAGCGGGCGGAAAUGUAGCUGGCGCGGGAUGUGAUGCGGAAUUGAAGAAAGAGGAGGUGGAAAAAGUGUUGGAUGUCGAUGAUAGCGCGAAGGAUGCUACUCUUGAGGGGGAAGAGAGAGAGAAGACUGUUGCUGAGGGGCAGGUGUGA